CACAUACACAAAAAAUAUUAUUACUAAAUCUUUAAAUUGAAGCACAUAAUAUAUAGGAACAUGCUUAGAACCAGGCCCGAAUACCCCAGCAGGCCCAAUCCGUAUGAGGGCCCAAUAGGCAGUGCUAGUCAAUCCAAGAAAGCCGCUCGACAAUCUCGCCUGGGUAGCACCGCUCGGCCCAAUUUCAUCAUCAUCAUCAUUACCCGGAGUGACAUAAAUGCUCCCAGUUACGGUGUGUUAAGGGGGCAGUAUGUAUGCGGUCUUACUCCUGCACUAAAGCAUAGAGAGACUGUUUCCGGAUAUACACAGACGUCCAAAAUUGCAUGGAUUGACUUCUGCUUCAUAACAAAAAUUAAAGCACAUACAGUUUAGUGAGUCAUUCUGCUUUAUUUCAUCAUAUUUUCAAGCAAAAAAAUAGUGAGUCUUUGGUUUCAUUGAAAAUGAUGGAAAUAUUUAUGUGUAAAAAUUUAUCUCAAAAAAUUCUUUGUACCGGCCCACCCAAACCUUGGAUUUUAUAUCUAAAAACUCAACACAGUGAACAAGCUAGAUGCUGUUAAACCAAGUUAGAACAAGUAAUCGUGGCCGUUGAGGAAGAAAGGUUGAAGAGAAAUUGAAAGACGGCCCCUAGUCGUGAGUAGCGUGGCUAUCGUCAAACAGUGCAUGAAAAACGUGGAUCGGAUGCGCCUUGACAUCCUCUUUUUCUCCCCAUCUGCCUAUCACCCUAACGUGCAUAUAUAAAAGCUUCAAUUUAACCCACGAAAAUGAGCAGAUAAUCCUCUCACAUUCUAUACCCCAAAUUGGUCAUAAUACAACCUUUUCCCAAUAUCAACCCUUUCUGGUUCGAUAAAGGCAGGUGGUCAUAGAUACGUUCCUGGGGUGUCCCACUUAGAACAAGAUAUUAACAUCCAACCUAACCCUAAUUCCAUGAUAAACCUUACAUGUUCCCGGCCUCAAUAUUGGUAGUCUACCAUGCAAAUAAAAUUUUCUAAGAAAUCUCUAAUACCCCAUUACCCAUGCCAACUAGCAAUCAUAAAACCUAUAAGAAGAUUGUGAACAGGGCCGGUCCUGAUCUUUUAUGGGCCCGGGGCGAUUGAAAAAGAAGACCCUUAAAAGGUUAUAUAAAUAUAUUGCAAAAGCUUAACUUUAUAUACGCAAAUUUCAACAUACAAAGUAAUGUAAGUCUUUCAUCAAAGUCUUAAUAUAUAAACUAAACGAAUAAAAAUUAUAUUAAAAAAUAAAAAAUAAAACCAGAG